CUCAUCCAUCUGAUACGCUCCUGAGUCUGUUUUCACCGGCGACGCGCCAUGAAACAUACGGACGAGGCUUCAAGCUCCUGGCCCUCUUUGGGCGUCCUGUCGUUGUUGGUUUCUGCUUUCUUUUUCUCCGUCGGUCCCGUUUAUGCCGCCACCUCCGGCUCUGAGCUCGUUCCUCCUCCCCUACCCGAUCCGCCUCUCUCAAAUGCCUUCACCGUAGCAUUGUCCAACUCCCCAAACGGUCUUUCAAUACCGCAGAGCGGCUCAUUCUUCGGCUUUUCCAUCGAAUUGUCUGUGAUCAACCAACAUCUCGGGAGAUCAACUAUCAAGAUGAAGCCGCAGUUUCUGAGCUUGCUCGACAAUGUUGUGCGUCGUGCAGGCUCCGUACACGUCAGGGUAGGAGGCAAUACGCAGGAGACGGCAACCUUGGUCGAUAGACUUCCUGGUGGUCAAAUCAUCUCCAAGGACAACGAUGUCGAUGACUCAUCCGGAGCCACUAGCACUCCCCCGCUGUUCUUUACCACCGAGAUACUCAACAUGAUGGCGAAAGUGUCCACCUUGGUCAACGUUAACUGGUAUCUUGGCAUCCCUUUCAACGAUACCUCCGAUUUUCGUUUACAAAUCGCGGAGAAGGGCCAAGAAAUCUUGGGCAAUCAUCUCGUCGGACUGCAAGCUGGGAACGAACCGGACUUGUACGCGGACCAUCAUCUGCGUGGAUCAACUUACGGCCCAAGCGACUACGCGAACGACUUUGGAUCCGUCGUCAGCCAGCUGUCGGGCCGCAAUCAACAGACCCUCAUCGGUCCCAGCGUGUCAUCUCGGUGGACGCCCGAGGAGGUCUGGGACACCGGGUUCAUUUCUAGGUUUUCGGCGAAUCUAGGCGCUCUUUCAGUGGAAAGAUACUAUGAUACUGCGUGCACCAACGUCCCGCAUCCCCGCGACGCCCAGACGGUCUUCCCGAACUAUCUCAACCACACCGCCGCGACGUCCUUCGUUGCGCGCUACACGCCUUCCACGGCUGUCGCGCAGGCUGCGGCAAAGCCCUUCAUCAUGUUCGAGACGAACACUGCGACCUGCAGCGGGUUCGAGGGCGUCUCCGACAGUUUCGGUGCUGCGCUUUGGGGUUUGGACUACGCCUUGCAGAUGGCCUACGGCAACUUCUCACACGCUCUGUUUCACAUCGGUGGGCAGGACGCGUUCUACAAUCCAUUCACGCCUCCAUCCACCCCUCAAUCUUCAGACGCCGGCUGGCUCGUCGGUCCAAUUUACUACUCGGCAUUGGCUACGGCCGAAGCGCUCGGAUCGUCCAACAAAUCCCAAGUACUCGAUUUGCACGCCAACAACGGGAGCAUAUACACUCCGGCGUAUGGCAUCUACGAAGACGGCACUCCGCAGCGCCUCGCCUUGUUCAACUUCAUCACGGAUCCGAGCGGUGUGAGCGACUACACCGCGAUGGUCACCGGGAUAUCAGAGGACCAGGUCAAAGUCAAGUACCUUGCCGCGUCCAGCGUCUCGCAGAUUGGAAACUUCACCUGGGCAGGCCAGACUUUCGGCUCCGGGUAUGUCUCUAACGGCGUCCCUCAAGGCGACCAAGACUACCAGUCUGUUUCCUGCUCCGGCGGUAACUGCCAGAUCAAGGUCCCCGCGCCUGGUUUUGCGCUCGUGUUCCUCACGCCCGAGGCUCAGGACGCGGCGGACUAUUCCUCCUCGACGCCGACGUUCACCUCGUCUUCGUCGGGCGCGCCAUCUGCGACCAAGAAGGCGCACGCAAGCGGUGCUGAAUCUCGGUAUGGAUUGCGUACGGCGACGUUCACGAUGUUGGUUGCUGCUGUGUGCAGCGUCUGUAUGGUUUUUAUCUUCUAGUUGUGUGCGGUGUUUGUGCCGGUUCUAUCUUCUUGUUCUUCCUGGUUCUUGGUUGGUAGUCGCUUUCUUAUAUACCUUGGGCAUAAUUCAUUCUUAAACGUCACGCCUCUCAGUGUCUAGCAAUAGAUUGGAUAUAAUGCGUCAUUGAGGAAGAUUAACUAUGAACCUUGCUUGUUAACUAAUGCCAAGUAGUGUUGAGUGUUACAAUAAUUAGGCGAAUAAAAACGAAAGCAAUCCGUUUUGUCGUGUUGUGGGAGACAGCACGUCCGGUUUAGAUCUUGUAUCCGCCAGCGCGGUACAUGAGGUUCUCCGGGUCCACAGUGUGGCGGAUUUUCCUCAGACGGGGGAGGUUAUCUCCGUAGAACUCCUCCACGGGCGUCUGGGGCUGGGCGUAGUUCGGAUAGAUGAUCUGGCGCGAGACGUUCUGUCCGGCCGCGAGCGCGGCGUUGAUGAGCGUCGUGGUCGAAUUGGCGAGCGAGUUGAACAUGAGCUCGUCCAGGGACGAGUUGGACCAGGUCAGCUCGAGGUUCGGCGGGAAGAGCACGUGGUCUUUGCUGUGCGGCGCAGCGGAGGGUACGGCGGUGUCCCAGUAGGAGCGCGCGAAGGGCUCGACUGUCCACGAGCCGAAGAAGGACGAGUCGAGCGAUUCGAGGUAGGGGCCAAGCGCGUCGCGCUGGGCUUGGAAUGCCUUCACGACCGAGAGAGGGUGGCCCUCGACGGCGAGGGUCGAGUAGCGCGUGCGGAAACCGUUAAGGAAGGUGAUCGUCGCGAGCGAGGCGGAAGUGAAGUUGUCAAAGGUGCGGAGGUAGAACUCGGACUGGCUCUGACGGGGGAAGCUGAGGAACUUCUCGAAGACCUUGGGCGGCUCGGGGGUUUCGGCGUUGUAGUGCAGCACGAGGACCUCAAACGACUGGUUCGAUCCGCGCGCGAAGGUGCCCACUACCUGCGCCUUUAUGUCCGUGUUGUUUUCCGAGAAGUCCGCUAGCGCCUCCGCGACCUCGUCUGAAUGCCCAGGCUGGGUGUAGAUCGUGCCCGCCCAGACCUUGUUCGUCUGCUUGUAGCCGCGGGUCACAAAUUUCGUUACGAGACCGAAGUUGUUCAGUCCGCCCUUGAGCGCGAAGAAGACGUCGGGGAGAUUAGUGGCGGUCACGUUGUGAAUCGAGGAAUCCUUUGGCGAGAUCCAGGUGUAUUGCACGAUAUUGUCCGACGCGAGCGCAUGCUCGUUUGAGAUCCAGGAGUAGCCACCUCCGAGCGAAAGGCCCGCCACGCCGACGGUAGCGAAGCGGCCACCAACGACGUUCACGCCUUGAGGCACGGUCGUCGCGUAGACCUUGUCCCAGGUGAGGCCGGCGCCAAUGCCAACGAGUGCGACCUGAUUGUUGUCCCCAGCCUUGGGGGCAAUGGUAAUCGCGUCGAAGCGGGUGAGCGCAAUGAGCACGCCGGUGGUGGAGGAGAAGCCUUUGUUAAGGUUGUGUCCACCACCCAUUAUACCGAACUCGGCCCCGUGGUGCUUGCGCAGCGAAGUCAAGACCAAAGCCGCAUCCUGGUCGGUGCCAGGCUCAACAACGCAAGUCGCGUUGGCACGGUUAAACCAGCUGGCGGGGAGAGUGACAUCGUAGGUGUACUCCGUCGUGUUGGGGUAAAAUACGGCGGACGCCUUGGAAAACUUGUUCGCGACUUCCUUGCAGACGGCAAGCGCGUCGCUCUGCGCAGAGGACGCGCCCACUGACGCAGCGGCCAAGAGCGCGGGGAGGAAGAAGGCGACGCAGCGCAUGUUCGUACGUCUCCGAGAACGAGAAGGCGAAGGCACGAGGACC